CCCUGCAGACAGAAAUCUGAGCUUCACUUCAUCCACACAGCAAAGGGAACUCAGCCAUGUCGUACUAUGAGCUCUUCCUGGAGGACGACUUCAAUGACACCGGCUCAGGCUCUGGUUCCGGGGACCUUGGUGUGGAUUUUGAGGAGCCGUGUAAUGUGGAGCACGUGAUGACUACUGACCUUCAGCGGGUCUUCCUCCCUGUGGUCUACGCCCUCAUCUUCACUCUGGGUAUCACAGGGAACGGCCUGGUUGUGGUGGUGCUCGGCUGCCAACGCAGGUCAAAGUGCAGCCUCACAGACCGAUAUCGUCUCCACCUUUCUGCAGCUGACCUCCUCUUUGUCUUGGCACUACCGUUCUGGGCUGUGGAUGGAGCUCUGGCUGACUGGCGCUUCGGGGCAGUCACUUGUGUUGGUGUUCAUGUUAUCUACACAGUCAACCUGUAUGGCAGUGUGCUCAUCCUGGCUUUCAUCAGCCUGGACCGCUACCUGGCAGUGGUGCGAGCCACGGACACAAACACGGGUGGGCUGAGGCAGCUUCUGGCACACAGACUGGUCUAUGUGGGUGCCUGGUUGCCCGCUUGUCUCCUCGCAGUGCCGGACUUGAUUUUCGCCCGGACCCAGGAAGGGGGAGAGGGGGCCACUGUCUGCCAGCGGUUCUACCCUGAGAACAACGCUCCUCUCUGGGUUGCAGUCUUCCACCUGCAGCUGGUCCUGGUGGGUCUGGUGAUCCCUGGUCUGGUCCUCCUUGUGUGCUACUGCGUCAUCGUCACCAGGCUGACCCGGGGCCCUCUGGGGGGUCAGAGGCAGAAGCGUAGAGCUGUCCGGACUACCAUCGCACUGGUUCUAUGUUUUUUUGUGUGCUGGCUGCCGUAUGGUGCGGGGAUCUCUGUGGACGCUCUGCUGCGGUUGGAGGUGCUGCCCCAUGGCUGCAGCCUGGAGGCCGUGUUGGGCGUGUGGCUGGCGGUGGCCGAGCCCAUGGCUUUCGCACACUGCUGCCUGAACCCGCUGCUGUACGCCUUCCUAGGAGCUGGGUUCAAGAGCUCGGCACGCAGAGCACUCACGCUGAGCAGAGCGUCGAGUUUGAAGAUUUUACCUCGAAGACGCCCCGGGACUUCCACCACCACUGAGUCUGAGUCGUCCAGUUUACAUUCCAGCUAGUGUUUGCUUGUUCUGAACAUACAUGUGUGUAUAUACUGUGAAUAUAAGUGUGUGUUUGUGUGUAAGAAGGUUUAAACUAAAUAUCAGAGAAAGUAAGGAGCAGUCUGCUGGCUCACGACUGUGACGUUUCUCUUUUAACUGUUGUUAGACGUGUUGUUUUUGCUGCUUUGCCUGUUUCCACUGUUGUUUGUAAUAAAAUAUUCAAAAUA